AUAAUUUCACUCUUUAUUGAGAUUUGCUACAGUUUUUAACAAUUAGGAAUAUCGCUUGUACAGAAUCUAUUAUUGUGCAUUCAGCCGAUAAUUGUUCUACCAAAUUCAAAGUGUGUCUGAUAAAUAAUUAUUGUAUUUGAAACAUUCCAUCAUCCUGCGUUAGUGACAUAGGAGAAAUUUACGGGUUCAAUUAAUCAUAUUCAUUAAUCGUAAAUAAUUCAGUUUGAUAACGUGUCCGACUAAACCGUAACAGAAAUUUGGGAAUUGUUCUGAAACCAGUGAAAAAAGUGAAAAGCGAUUAUAUUUUCAUUCUUCAACUACUCAUCUGCUGCAACGCCACUAAUUGCCUAAUAGCUCAACAUUGCUGCUCUGGUGGCGCUGUUGGGUGGGGAGCAGAUGGAGAACAAACUACAUGAUCGUGCGUUCGUAGAGAACUACUUUGCAAAUCUGAAUGAUUUGUCAAGAAAAAUCGCACUGGACAUUGGAGAGAUAAAAGCAACAUAUGAACACAUUUGGGAUGAUCUGAGCUACGACGAGCAGAUGGAAAUCAUAAACGAAACCCUAAUCAAACCGGAGCUCACGCUAAAGUAUUUCGAUAAUUUUUCAACUUCUUCCGAAUCGUUCAAGAACAUCAUCGACGGCGGUGACGAUAAUAGUGACGACCGAAAGGUCAAUUUGUACGAUGGCAAAUCGUUGCACACCUUCCAGCAUCUGAAGACGGGCAGAAAAGUGAUUCACGAUGAAUCUGUUGGACUGUUUCGGGAUGAGCACUCGGCGCCGUUCUCACACAAGACUAAAAGUCAAAUUAAUCUUUCGAUAUUUCCUCCGGAGAAAGAAAAAUCCGUCGAACGGCGAUUAGAUCUUGUGAAGAAGAUGGAAAAAAUUAAGUCGACGAAACCGAAUGAAACAGAAGUGGAGACCUUGAAAAUUUCUGCUAAAGUUACACAUGCUGGAGAUGAGGCGUCUUAUAACGAAAACAAUAAUAUGAUUUCUGGAAUUAAGCCCACCGAUCCGACGGCUAACUUUCUUGCAAGCUUUAUAUGUAGUCAGGCAGGAGGACCAGUGUUAGUCUCUACUGCAUCCAUUAGCGGAAGUGAUGAAGCAGACGGCCAGUCACUGGAGAAUAUUGGCUUCGAUGAUGACAAAAUCAAUCUGUUCCGGAAUAGCUCUAGGAGCGACAGUCUACAUCAGGUACGACCCUCUUCUGUCGAGGAGGAUGAUAAGAACUUUGACGAAUUGAACAGUUUGUUAGGUAACAGCAAAGGGUUCGAUUUUCUUAACAAUUGGUAAACCAGUAAUCCCCACUAUUCCCAAUCAGCCAAAACUGGGUAGAAAAGCAAACUGUCGUUUUAAUUGUUUAACUUCGCUGGUCUUCCCCGAGUUUCCUUCUAGUCUCUCUUCACAUUGUCAUUUUCACCAUUUUGCCGUGUGUCGUGUUUUAAGUUAUCACUCAUUUGCACACAUUGUAGCGUUAGGCACUGAAAGAUACUCAAGUAGACUAUUAUUCUAAGCCAACAGACUGAUUUUGUAGAACCAAAUAAAAAAAGAAAAAAAUAAAUAGUUGCAAGAAUCAAGGGUACCUCAAAAUUUACAAGUUUCCGAGACAUUGGUCAAAUUUUAUGAUAACACAAUUAAAGGCUCAG